AUGGUCGAAGAUUUGAAAGGUACGGUAAUCGUUUAUUCGAUAGUGGGAUGUGAACGAUGUGAAGAGGCAAAGCAACAUUUAUCAAUGCUUCGAAUACCCUAUACGGAUAUCUCGUUGGAUAGCUUUCCGCAGUGUCGAAGCGAAAUGGAACGUUUUUGUGGAGUAACAGCUGAUGUACCGCAAAUAUUCUUCAAUAAUAUUCUUGUUGGUGAUGAAAAUGAUUUGAAGGAAGUUGUGAGGGAUGUGUCAAGAUUCGAUAAGUUGAUGGAAAUGAUUCGUAACGAAGAAUCACCGCCAGAUGCACCACCGAUUCCACCACCAGACACAGCCAUUGAUUAUUGCUCGGAUGCUGAAAAUGAAGAGACCGAGAAGAACGCUGCGGAUGAUUCGAAUGAACGUUCGGAUGAUGCCAUUUUAUGUGUUCCAAAUGAGUAUUCACGAUUGAUGACAAGCAUGAAAAAAGCGAGUAUCAUCAAAGAUAAUCGUGUUGGCUCCACCAUCUAUCGUAAUUCAUUCAAAGGCGAACAUUUUAUCAACUGGAUCAUGCAACAACGACAAAUCAAACUAAAAGAUGCACUGGAAAUCGGACAAGAAUUAAUCGAGCGACAAUUCGGUCGUCAAAUGUCCAAAGAGAGCGGUGAUCAUUUCAGUCCCGAACGUUAUUAUCAACUCCGAAGUGGUGAUGAGUCGAUCGCACUUAAUUCAGGUUCUCUAACGAACUCAUCGAUGACUGAAACUGCGACGAUUAGCGUUAAAGAAAUGAAUGAUCUAUUGCUAACGAGCCUCGAAUCGUUUUAUGAGCAAAUUCUAACGGAUGAUCGAAAAUAUUUGAAUAGCACUUAUUAUGUGAUUGGUGGGGAACUGUAUUCACUACAGUCAAUUUUAAAUGGUAUUUUACGAGCGAAUCGCCGUGGUUUUCAUAUGCUUUGGGAGCCAUUUGGUGAACACGAUCGACGAUUACAUUUGGCGCUUGACGAACCAGAGCCGUUGGUUCAUUUUGCAGUAAAUUGUGGCACGAAAUCUGGUCCUCCAAUUCGGUUGUACACAACUGAGGUUGCAUGUUAUCGACGAAAUGCAUGA